GUAUCCUCCACCGGGUGGAUUCAAUCGUUCGCCAAUGGGAGGCGGAUAAAGGUCCAAAUCAGAGAAUCAAACUUUUGGCGUCCAAUCAGUGAGGCGGAUUUCUUUCCAAAUUCUCUCCUCCGUCCGCCAUUGUUUCGACCUGGCAUUCUACUGAGUGACUUCAAUCAAGCGACACUAUGGAACAUCCAGUAUUUCGGAGGGCCCCUAACGGGACUCUCCUCUUAAAGGCCACGGCCGAAGCCAGCACCCUCGCCCCCCGGCGAGCAGCCGGCCAAGCCCUGUACAGGGCAAAGAAGCCCGAGGAGGUGGACGCGGAGGCCUGGGCCCACGUCUCCUCCGAGGGUGGCUCCACCGCCAACGCCACCCUCGUCCUGAGCCGGUGGAAGGUCCAGUUCGGCCAGUACCAGGGAAAGAUCUUCCACUGGCUCCUGGAGAACGACGUGGGCUACGCCAUUAAUCUGGUUGCCUCCCACCAGAAGGAGCGAGAGAGGACAGGGUCUCAGUCCCCGCUGAUGGCCAACAAGGACGCCUUCACCCGCUACUCCUCAGCGUACCCUGACUUUCUGGAGGCAGUCAGGUUCCACCGGGCGUUUGAGGAGGCGCGGGCCUGUCCCUCCUGCCUGGUCAGGAGGGACAGGCCCUUGUUGGCUUCGGGGACUUUAAAUUUGAGACCCUGGACAGCCUGUACGAGUCUGUGGACCCCAAAAAAAUCCGAUUUGUCAACUACCUCCGGAGGAAGAUUCCCACACCCGGCUCGCAGAUGGAGAACGCCAUCUGCUACCAAGAGCCGAGACAGACAGAGACCUGCUGCUGUUGCUGCUGCUGCAUCCACCACCACCAGCACAGUCUCUGUCUCUGGAACAGAGAGCGAGGACUGCAUCAAAGUACAUGUUGUUCUGUCUCAUAGGCCUCUUGGUUCAGCGCUUGCGGCCUUCGUGUCCGGGCGGCGUUCUCUGUCUGCCGUGGAACUGCAGGCAAAGAUCAAGAAGCUGGUGGUCCCUAAGCCUGCAUUUCCAGCCUCCCUCAGAUCAGCUCUUCCCUCCAAGCCAUCGGAGGAGCCUUCGGAUGACGAGCUGAUCAGGGCGGUAGUUGACAUGGAGGAGUCCUCAGAUGUACAGGCCCCUCUCCCGCUCCAUCCACCUCCCGCCACCCCCUCCUCCGCACCACAGAAGGGGGCUGGUGUCUCUGCUGUGCUGGGCGAGCCCACGGACGAGGAGCUGCUGGAGGCCACGCAGGAACAGGACCACGCCCUGCGACCUCCAGCAGUAGUCCAGCCUGCACUAGCUCCCUCCUCGCUACCGCAGCCACGGCUUCCCCCGGAGCUGCUCCCGGACAGGAGGAGUUGCCGGGGCCAGCCUUCCUCCCUCCUCUGCCACGUGAGGUAA